AAAUAUGUAACGCUUAAAGGAAUUACAUUAAAUAGCUCAGUACUAGUGGGAGGUUACCGGUGUUUUGUUAAAAAAUAUAAUAUAUUUUAUUUCAGCUUGUCUGGCUAGAAUACUUGACAUCGGCGAGAAUAAGUACCUAAUGAAGACAAUGCGGCGGUUCAGUCUCACGGUGGUGGCGGCGCUGGUCGCGGCGGCGGCGGCUGCGCCCCCAGGCAAACCCAACCUCGGCUGGGGCGAGAGGACUUUCGCCAUCGUAGAAGUGAACCAAGCAGCCACGGCGUACAACCAGCUGGUCACCAAGAAAGACGCAGCUGAUGUCUCCGUCACGUGGAACGUCUGGUCCGGGGAUCCCGCGGACAAGGCCAGGGUACUCCUCAGCGGGGAGGAAGUCUGGAGCGGCAACGGAGGAGGCUCCGGGGCAGCCAACUUCAAAGUCAAGAAGGGAGGACGAUACCAAAUGACAGUGGAACUCUGCAAUGCUGACGGAUGCAGUGCCAGUGACCCGACAGAAAUAGUUGUCGCUGACACAGACGGCAGCCACCUUCCACCUCUGGACUACUCCAUUGGAGAAAGGAAUAAGGUCUUCAAGCAAUCAUCAGGAAAAGUUGUCGGAGCUUACUUCGUUGAAUGGGGAGUGUACCCUAGAAAGUUCCCGGUAGACCGUGUGCCUAUACCUAACCUUACUCACUUGCUGUACGGAUUCAUUCCAAUCUGUGGUGGUGAUGGUAUCAAUGACAGUUUGAAGGAGAUCGAAGGAAGUUUCCAGGCUCUACAGCGCUCGUGCAGUGGACGCGAGGACUUCAAGGUUUCAAUCCACGACCCGUGGGCUGCUCUGCAGAAGCCUCAGAAGGGACUGUCUUCCUGGAACGAACCCUACAAAGGUAACUUUGGUCAACUGAUGUCCCUGAAGCAAGCUCGCCCUGACCUGAAGAUCCUGCCCUCCGUCGGUGGCUGGACGCUUGCCGACCCGUUCUUCUUCUUUGACGACAAAGUUAAGAGAGAUCGCUUCGUCGGUUCAGUGAAGGACUUCCUUCAGACUUGGAAAUUCUUCGACGGCGUCGACAUUGACUGGGAGUUCCCUGGAGGCAAGGGUGCCAACCCUCACCUCGGCAGUGAGAAGGAUGGAGAAGUCUACCUGAUGCUCAUGAAGGAGCUGCGUCAAAUGUUGAACGAGCUGUCGGCCGAAACUGGAAAGAAAUACGAGUUGACAUCCGCCAUCAGCUCCGGUUGGGACAAGAUCCAGGUGGUCGACUACGGUGCAGCGCAGAAGUACAUGGACCACAUCUUCCUGAUGAGCUACGACUUCAAGGGCGCCUGGUCCAACGACACUCUGGGUCACCAAGCCGCUCUCUACGCGCCUGCGUGGAACCCUAAGGAGACCUACACUACUGACUUCGGUGUGAAGUACCUGUUAGCGCAGGGAGUGCAGCCCCAGAAGAUCGUGGUCGGUGUGGCUAUGUACGGGCGCGGCUGGACCGGGGUGCACGGGUACACCGACGAAGUACCCUUCACCGGCAACGCGACUGGCCCCGUGAAGGGGACCUGGCAGGACGGCGUGGUGGACUACAGGGAGAUCGCGACCGAGAUCGCGGCCGGCAAGUGGGAGUAUGGCUACGACACUGUGGCGCAGGCUCCCUUUGUGUUCAGACCCUCGACUGGCGACCUGAUAACCUACGACAAUGCGCGCUCCGUGAUCGAAAAAGGCAAGUACGUUAGGAAUAAUAAGCUCGGCGGGCUAUUCGCAUGGGAAAUAGACGCGGACAAUGGCGACAUAUUGAAUGCGAUGAACAUGGGACUCGGAAACAGCCAAUCGUGAGACAAAUUAGGUUAUCGAUUUAUUUAGACGAUUUCAUUUUAAGUUGUGUGUGUAAAUAAGGUUUUCGUGAAUAGUUUUAAGUGUUGCGCGUUCAAUCAAUUUGUACAAAAGUUGUUGCGAAGAAAUAAUAAAUUAGGAUUUAAGUUCCCGUUAAUGUUAUGAUGAUGUUAGACUGAUAAUGUUAAUGUAGAGUUCUGACUCUAGGUAUUGAUUGACAGUAAUGAUGAAAAAAAGUAUUGGUUUUACAAUAUAAAAAACUUAACUAUUGUACUAAUUAAGAUUUAUUUUGUACAUCUUGGUUAUUUGCGUAUCUCACACAUUUGACGUAUUCCUAAAAUAAAUUAUUUUAAUUUA